UAUUGGUCCACUAAACUCAAAGUCUACUGCCGACUCCUAAAGGUCUAUCUUAUCUGUUCUAUUGUAAAGAACCUCAAACCCAAACUCAGCAAUGGAAGGAGCCCCAACUUCCUCCAAGAAGCCUUCCGGCAACAAGCAAGUCUUGACUCCACCAGUACAAGAUGUGAAGCCCCCAAAGGGAAAUGAAGAAAAGCACAAAGAAGAAAAGCAUGAUGGGAAGCAGCAAACUAGUGUGCAGCAGACCCAGGGAACUGGGGGUUCAAGUGGGGUGUGCCAGAAGCAAGGGCAGGGCCAGGGAAGUGGACAGCAGACCCAAACUAGUCAACAGCAAGGGCAGACUCAACAGGGCACUGGUCAGACCCAAACCAGUAGUCAAGUGCAGACUAGAGCUCAACAGAGCAGUGGUCAGACCCAGAGCAGUGGUCAGACCCAAAGCAGUGGUCAGACCCAGAGCAGUGGUCAGACACAAAGCAGUGGUCAGACCCAGAGCAGUGGUCAGACCCAGAGCAGUGGUCAGAACCAGAGCAGUGGUCAACAAGUGCAGACUCGAGGACAACAGGCCCAGAGCAGUGGUCAGACCCAAAACAGUGGUCAGACACAAAGCAGUGGUCAGACACAAAGCGGUCAACAGCAGGGCCAAGGCAGUGGUCAACAACAAGUGCAGACUCGAGGACAACAGGCCCAGAGCAGUGGCCAGACCCAAAGCAGUGGUCAGACCCAGAGCACUGGUCAGACCCAGAGCAGUGGUCAACAAGUGCAGACUCGAGGACAACAGGCCCAGAGCAGUGGUCAGACCCAAAACAGUGGUCAGACACAAAGCAGUGGUCAGACACAAAGCAGUGGUCAGACACAAAGCAGUCAACAGCAGGGCCAAGGCAGUGUCUUUCAACAACAAGGGACUGGGCAACAAGGCCAAACCACUAGCCAACAAAGUAGCACUCAACAACAAUCAGAUAAAGGGCAGAGCCAAGGGAAAGAAACUUCUUAUUGCUUUAAACAAGGAAAGGACAAAUAUUAGAGAUCCAGAGUCCAUGACCUGAAAACCUCUGUAUUUUGUUGAUUAUGACAUACUGUGCUGUAUAAUCCACACCUCUCUGUGGUAAUAGUUGUAACUCCUCCUCUCAAUAAAAUCAUACUGUCAUUCCUGCA